UUUUCGAUUUUUUAAAUUGUGUUAAACUCACACACAGACCACAAGUGCAUCUGUCAUCUGACAGCUAUAAUAAUUUAAAGUAAAAAAACAAAAAUAUUUACACUUAAAAAUAAUAAUAAAAAAUAGAAUAAUAAAAAAAUAUAAAUUAAAAAAAUAUUUAUAAACAAAUAAACUUAAAAGCAAGAUAAAUAUAUAUUUUUUAAAUAAAACAAACAAUUAUCCUAAAUUUUAUUUUAAAAAUAAAGUAUCAUAAUAUAGGUUAGUUUGUCAAUAAUAUUUUCAUUAAUCAUCAACAAGAAAAAAAAACAAAAACAAUGGAUUAUUUAACAACAGUUGAAAGUGCAGUUGAUAAAUUUUAUUCAGUUGGUUCAAAAGAAGCUCAUACGUGGUUGUUACAGUUUCAAUCAUCACCAGAGGCAUGGACACAUGUCUGGCCCCUAUUGGAUCCAUCAAAACCAAAUGAAGUACAAUUUUUUGCUGCAACAACAUUACAUUCAAAAAUAUCAAAACAUUUACAUGAAAUACCAAAAACAGAAUAUCCUGAUUUAAAAAAUCGUUUGAUAAAUAUCAUCAAAGCACCAACAACAUCAAAACUUAUUUUGACAAGGCUAUGCCAAGGGUUAGCUGCGUUUGUUCUAAGCAAUAGCAUAAGUGACAAUGAUGAUGAUGCUGAUGAUAACAAUAAUAAUGGAAUAAUAGAUGACUUGAUAAAAAUUUUACCUUGUGAUUCAAUGACAAAUGUUGAACUUUUAAUACGUGUAUUAAUGUCAUUACCAUCGGAAAUUGAUAAGCGUUCAAUAACUAAAAAGCCAAAAUUACGUGAAAAUUUAACAACAACAUGGUGCAAAACAGUAUGGGUAUUACAACGUGUAUUUGAUACAUGUAUAACAGCUGUACCAGAUAGCAAGGAUGAUUCUCUGAAUCAAUUAGCACUUGAAUGUUGUCUUGUUUGGUUGAAACUAGUUAAUUUACCACUUGAUACAAUAACAAAUUUAUUGCCAUAUUUUUUAUCAGCAUCUGAACGCUACUCAUAUGACAAUGAUUCACGUGCAUGGACUGUAACACAAGAUUGUAUCAUUGUUGUAUUUAAUCAUCCUGAACUCAAUAAAAGACCACAACUAUUAUGGCAAUGGUUAAAAAAUUUAAUAAUAAUUGCUAACAAUAAUAAUAAUUCAAUAUGUUAUUCUGAUAUAUUAACAUCAGUGGGUGAAAGUUAUAGUAGAUUAUUGUUAUCAGCAUUAAUUGAUAAUAAUGAAUCAAAUAAAUGGACAAUUGAAAAUUUAAUAAAAAUAUUACUUGAUUGUUCUGAGUAUCCUGGUAGAUAUCCAAUUGAUGAACAAAAAAGUAAUAUACCAUUUGGUUUUUGGUAUAGUUUACAAGAUGAUUUAGGUACAUAUGAUUCACCACAAGAUAAUGAAAUGAAAGAAUCAUUAAAACCAAUAUAUGCUCGAUUAUCACAGACAUUAUUAUAUAAAACAAAAUUACCAAUAAAACAAGAUGAAAUAGGUGAUGAUGAUGAACGUGAAUUAUUUCGUUGUUAUCGUCAAGAUGCUGCUGAUACAAUGACAUAUUGUUAUAAUGUAUUAGGACAAGAUUUAUUAAUAUUAAUUGGACAACGUUUAAGUCAACCACAAUUACAAUCACAAACAUGGACAGAUGUUGAAUCAACAUUACAUGCAUUUCAAGCAUUAUCUGAUUGUAUUGGUAUACAAGAAAAUAAUUGUGUAUCAGCAAUUAUGAAUUUAAUAUUAUGUGAAUUACCAUAUAAUGAAUAUCCGAAAGAUGUUAUGGCAUGUGCAUGUUCAACAAUUGGUGCUUAUGCUGAAUGGAUUGGUGAAAAUCCAACACCAUGGUUAGAACAUUCAUUAAAAUUAGUAACAACAUCAUUAACAUAUGGUACAAUAACAGCAACACCAGCAAGUAUGGCACUUAAAGAUAUAUCACGUGAAUGUGGUUCACAUUUAGCUCCAUUAGCACCAACAAUAUUAGAUACAAUAUCAAAAACACUUGUUAUUAUGACACCAGGUUGUAAUGAAGGUUUACGUUUAAUGUAUGCUGCUGGUAAAUUAUUAAAUUCUCUACCAUCAAUGGAUAUACAAUUAAAAUAUCUUGAUGCAACACUUGGUCUUUGUGUUAUUAAAUUACAUGAGCUACUUGAUAAAACAAUUGCACCACCUCGUAUUGAUGUUGUUAAUCAAUUAAAAAUGUCAACAAUGUUUUUAUCAACACUUGAAGGUGUAAUGGGAAGUUCAGUACUUGAUGGUUUAUUGCCAAUAUUUAAAAAAAUAAUUAAUAAUAAUGAAUGGAAUCAAGAUGAUGAUGUACUUGGUGCAAUGCAUGUAUGUGCACAACAAACAUUACAAUGUCUUGUACAUCCAGAAAUUGAAGCUAAACCAUUACUUCCAAUAAUUGUUGUUGCAUAUAAAAAUCAUCCACAUCCAGCAGCAUUAACAUUAUUACGACAAGUUGUAUUAUUAUUUAGUCGUGAUCCAGAAAAUAUUAUUGGACCAAUAUUUGCUGAUAUAAGUGCACAUAGUAUUGGUGGUUUUAGAACAUGUAAAACAAUUGGUGGUAAUUUAUCUGAGCUUGCUGAUUUAUUAGAAGCAUUUUUAGGUUUACUAGCACAAAUAUGUAAAAAAUCACCAAAAUUAAUGGCUCAUGUUGCUGAUCAAAUACCAGAAAUGUUACAAUGUGGUAUUGCUGGUUUAUGUUUACCAGAAAAUAGUGUUAUUAAAGCUGCUAGUACAUUUUUAACACAUGCUAUUAAUCAAACAACACAAUUGUCAUCUUACAUUGAAGUCAUUGGACAAGAGCUUGUUUGUACUAUUUUACAAUGUGUUGAGGGUGGUGUUGUUAGAAAUGAGCUGGAAGCACAUGCCAAAGUAUUGAUGGCAUUGAAUAAUAAUUGUGGAUAUUGGACAGCACAAUGGCUGAGAGUUGCACUGAAUAAUUCAAGCUUAACAACACCUGGACAAAAAGAAGAUUUUGUUAGAGAUGUGUUACGUGAAAAAAUUAAUAGUCGAAGACUUUUUGAUACUUUACAAAAAUAUAAUAUACAGUGUCAUCGACAAGUUAUGGGUAUUUAAAUGAUAAAUUUAUUUUUUUAUAGAAUCAUUAUUGUUGAUAAUCAAAAAUUAUAUUUUUUGAUUAUUAUUUUUCUUAGAAAUGACAUUUUUACUAUGGAAAUAUUUUUUUUUUUAACCAUCUUUUUUGCAAUGAUAACUAAGAAGUUUUAAAUAAUCUGUAACGAAAAAAAAAAAACAGAAUUUUAUCAGUUUAAUUUGUGUCAAUAUGUUUCGAGGAGAGACAAUGAAAAAUGUAACUUUUUUUUCUUCAAAUCGAAACACUGGCUGUGUAUAAAAAAUUCAAUGUAUUAUUUUAAAAAAAUAAAUAGUUUUUUUCUGAUUAUUUACGUCCAUUAAAUUUUUAUUUUCAAAACUACAAAAAAAAAAAAAAAAAAAA